CUCGGGUUCGCUUUAUCUUUCAUUUUCAGGGAAUGAACAACCAAUACGUCCGCCGGGAAGUCUUCUGCUGUGAAACGUGUCAUGAGCUCAAAAGCUUCUGGGAGAAAGAAAUCAGGAAACAGACCUGUUACCGGGAGCUGGAGGAAGGCCGUCAGGAAAGGAGUGCCCUGAGAAAGCUCAGAGAAGAAUGGAAGCAGAGACUGGAGAAAAGGCUGAGGAUGCUGGACAAUCCUGAUGGGAAGGAAAAGCAGUCGGACACGGUGGGCUGAGAGCUUCCUGCCUCGUCCACUUCAAAGACAACAAGCCACCAAGGGCACUUUUCUAGGAGAAUAAACUAACACCCACGCUACGUUGACUUACUAAGCAGGACACUAUUUGCUCUCCCAUUUGUGAGGGGAUUUACGUGUGAACCCUCCCCCCAGUGCUAAUGGGCAUCGUUAUCCGGCCAAAUCCUCUCUGCACAGAGGGCGGGAUGGCCGCCAAUGGGAGGUGCAGCUCGGGUUAUCUAAGAUUGAAAUCUCUUGGAAUUAGCACUUGCGAGGUUUCAAAGAUCCAUGUAGUAUAAUUUGUUUCCACAUUUUCUUCUCAUUUUGAAACCUGAAUGUUUUAUCCAAGCU